AUGGACGCGGACCAAUUGACUGCUGGCCUGGCUGAACAGUCCGACGUGGAACGUCAUACCGCCGGAUCCACACCACCUCUGUUAAACAAGGAUAGCAAGAGAGUGCCCGGAAGACCAAACAACAUAAGACACCAUGCGGCCGAAUGGUGGAAUCAAUGGAUGCUAGAGGUGCUUUCCGGUGUCCUGAGCAUCGUUGCCCUUGUUGCGACCGUCAUCACUCUCGAGCCUAAUCAAGGGAAGCCCUUACCUGACUGGCCUUUCGACAUUUCAAUCAACGCCCUCCUCUCGAUCUACUCGGUCGUGUUCAAGACAUGCAUGAUAUUUGUCAUCCAAUCAUGCAUUGGCCAGCAGCAGUGGGUCUGGUUUGCAUCCGAGAGGCGGCUGUACGACGUCGCGCUCUUCGAUUCUGCUAGGCAGGGACCGUACGGGUCCGCCGUAUGGAUCUGGGUUCACCGUCUGCGACAGCCUCUGACAACACUCGGUGCUGUCAUCUUAAUCCUUUCAGUCGCUGUAGACCCCUUCUACCAGCAACUCCUGGAUUAUGUCGACUGCGAUACGACCCUCCAAGACACCGCAUGGGCGGCCCGCUCAAACUACUUCGAUGCCGGCGCGCAUCUUUUUGUUGAGGCAGGAAGCCCAGAGAGGAUGCUUCCUGACGCCCAGUCGGCUCUGCGGUCUGGCGUCUUCUCAAGACCGGAUGCGAUGCAGCCACACUGCUCCUCGGGAAACUGCACAUUUGAGACGUACUCCACCGUCGGCUACUGCAAUGAGUGUCAGGAUGUCUCCGAAGACCUGAAGUUCACGGCUGUUCCUGUGGAAGACCAGGAAUACUACGGCUGCGGGGCUCCUCCCGGUUUUCAGAACUACAUCUUCACCUCAUACCUGCCAUCCAAUUUCAGCAUGAUAUGGAACACUUCCGAUUUCGACGGUACGCAAGUGCUGUCCAGCACGGCUGGUCUAGAAGAUCCGGUCGUGUUUGAGAUCAUAGCUGGGAAGACAACCUUGUCAGACUUGACGCUCGAUCCCACAACUGGAGAGAAUCUCACCUGGUGUGAUGAUCCAAUUGGUUCUGAUGAUGAUUGGCGUUGCCGAGGAUAUGGGGCAGCAAGAUGCUCGUUAUUUCCUUGCGUCCGGACAUAUAACACAACUGUCGAUGCCGGCAGCGUCACCGAAGACCUUAUAGAGCACACCACGCUCGAGACACUCCGGGAUCAACCGUUUUGGGACCUCGCUUCAGGAGAGUAUAUGGAAUACCCAGGUGAUGCUCUCGUUCUGGUGAACACAAGCUGUAUAUCAUCGGAAGAUGAGCAGCAACUCCUGAAAACGGGCCACCGAAUCGAUUCUAAAUGGUUGGUCUACACGGCGCCAGAUGACUUCGAUCUUGACAUUCUGUAUCCACCCGACGCAGGCUUCCCCGGUUCCAUGGUAUCCCGCGGCUGCACAUAUGCGUUCGAUGAUUUUAUGCUGGACUACGGUCUAUGGAAUUUCUUCAGCACGAGCGGUUUCUUGACAGGCAACACAACCGGAUCUCUCUCGUGCCCAGACGCCCACUUGCUCUCCUUCAGCGGGCCAAGUGAGCUGCAAGUUCUGUACAACUCGUCCAAUGUCUCUUUCCGGGGCUUACAGGACACAUUUGACAACAUGGCCACCUCCUUCACAAAUUACAUGCGUGCCAACGGACACGAGAACUACAGCGCCCCUGCACACGGCACUGUCUCCCACUAUGCCACAUGCCUCGAGGUCAGAUGGGCCUGGAUCGCAUUUCCAGCUGUCCUGGUCGCUAUGACUGUGUUUGUACUGCUCCCACUGACAGUACAUGUGACGCUGCGGGCAGACGUACCGACUUGGAAGGAUGGUCUGCUACCCCUCGUCUUCCGCGGUCCUCUCGUCUACCGGGACCGGGAAGAGACGAGACAGUCCGAUGAUGAAGAUGAGGAGCUGUCGAAGAAAUGGAAGAGAGAUCAAAACUCAUGA